GCUGGCAAUCAUGAGUGACCGAAAGGCAGUGAUCAAAAAUGCGGACAUGUCAGAGGAGAUGCAGCAGGAUGCUGUGGAAUGUGCUACUCAGGCCUUGGACAAGUACAACAUCGAGAAGGAUAUUGCUGCUCACAUAAAGAAGGAGUUUGACAAGAAAUAUAAUCCCACUUGGCACUGUAUCGUGGGAAGGAACUUUGGCAGCUACGUGACUCAUGAGACCAAGCACUUCAUCUACUUCUACCUCGGCCAAGUUGCUAUUCUUCUUUUCAAGUCUGGUUAGAACCACAGACUGUUACUGAAACUUGCAUCCAGUUACAGGACUUCUCUGACUAGUUACUGCAGCCUUUCUGAGGACACAGGCCUUGAUCUUCAAGGGCGAUGGCAGGGAUCAUGUUAUAGCAGAUGAUGAUGUUACAUUGUGGAUAUAAAAAGGAAAAAUACCAAAAAAAGUCUUCCUUGUAUUUAUUUUUUUCCAGAAGGCUCCUUCUUUGCUAGUAGAGCUGUUGGAGCAAUUUUGCUUUUGAGAGUUUUACAGCCAUCUACCGUAUUUCACCAUUACUGCUAGUGCUGUGCAAGUACUGACAGUGUUUAGUUCUUUAUGUUCCAAACCUCUUAUUCUUCUGAUUUUACUUUUUUUUUUUAAAUUUUAAAUAAUACUCCCUGUUGUGCUGGAUGUGCUGCCCCAAAGCCUGAACUGUUUCUUUUUCUGCUGUGUCUGGACAACUGCUUUGGAGAAUAAAAGAAAGAUCUACCC